GCCAGAGAUCAGUGUGGUGAGCGGGCGGGGAUGAAAGGUUGUAAACAUGGCGGCGGCCUUGGACGAAGAUGAAAUUGACAACGAUGACUACUAUUCCCUUCUUAAUGUCAGAAGAGAGGCCACACAAGAUGAGCUAAAAGCAGCAUAUCGGAGACUUUGCAUGCUCUACCAUCCCGAUAAGCAUAGAGACCCGGAACUUAAGAGCCAGGCAGAACAACUCUUUAAUUUGGUUCAUCAAGCUUAUGAAGUGUUAAGUGAUCCACAGUCCAGAGCUAUAUAUGACAUCUAUGGCAAAAGAGGUCUGGAAGUGGAGGGAUGGGAAGUGAUCGAGAGGAAGAGAACUCCGGCUGAGAUUCGUGAGGAGUUUGAACGUCUCCAGAGAGAGAGGGAGGAGCGGAGGCUGCAACAGAGGACCAACCCCAAGGGGACAAUCAGCGUUGGUGUGGAUGCCACUGACCUCUUUGAUCGCUAUGAAGAGGAUUACGAUGAUGUCCCAAGUGGGGGCCUUCCUCAUAUUGAGAUAAACAAGAUGCACAUAUCUCAGUCUAUAGAGGCACCUCUGACUUCUGCGGACACAGCCAUUCUUUCCGGCUCUCUCUCCACACACAACGGCAAUGGAGGGGGAAACAUCACCAUGGCACUACGCAAAGUCACAUCUGCAAAGGGCUGGGGAGAGGUGGAGGUUGGAGCUGGAGAUACACACGGGCCUCUCUUUGGAUUAAAAAUCUUCCGCAACUUGACAACUCGCUGCUUCUUGACUGCUCAGUGUGGGAUGCAGUUCUCGUCCCGUGGCGUACGGCCAGGCGUCACUACUGUACUGGCGCGGCACCUGGACAAGAAUACCAUGGGCUAUCUGCAGUGGCGUUGGGGCACCCAGUCGUCCAUGAACACCAGCAUCGUCAGAGACACUAAGAGCUCCCACUUCACGUUUGCUAUGCAGCUGGGGAUACCUCAUACCUUCAUGAUGAUGAGCUACCAGUACAAGUUUCAGAAUGAAGACCAGACUAAAGUCAAAGGCUCGGUCAAGUCAGGAUUCUUUGGGACUGUGGUGGAGUAUGGUGCGGAGACAAAGAUCAGCCGACACAGCGUUCUGGGGGCAACCGUCAGCGUCGGAGUACCACAGGGUGUCUCUCUAAAGAUCAAACUGAAUCGAGCCAGCCAGACGUACUUCUUCCCCAUCCAUCUAACUGAUCAACUCAUGCCGAGUGCCAUCUUCUAUGCCACUGUGGGGCCCCUAGUGUUCUACCUGGCCAUCCAGCGGCUUGUUAUCAGGCCUUACGUGCGCUCCCAGAAGGAACAGGAAUUGGAGAAGCAUCGACAGAGUUCAGCCACAGACAUCGCCAAAAAGAAGCAGGAAGCAGAGUCUGCUGUUUUGCUGAUGCAGGAGGGCGUACGCAGAAUCAUUGAAGCUGAGGAGUCCAAAAUGGGUCUCAUCAUCCUCAAUGCCUGGUAUGGCAAGUUUGUGACGGACAACAGCAGGAAGCACGAAAGGGCAAGGGUCAUCGACGUGACUGUCCCACUGCAGUGCUUGGUGAAGGACUCCAAGCUCAUUCUCACAGAAGCCUCAAAGGCUGGUUUACCUGGGUUCUAUGACCCCUGCGUGGGCGAGGAGAAGAGCCUGAAGGUGCUGUAUCAGUUCCGAGGAGUGAUGCACCAGGUGUUGUCCGGCGACUCAGAACCUCUCAGGAUACCGAAACAAUCUCACAGAAUUGACAAUGACACCUAGGACCUCUACUGGGCAGAGGAGGAGAUGACUUUGGAAGGAUGUUUGAGACUUGGAUACCCGCUGUGCCCAAGAAAUCAUACAUAUGUGCAUCCAUCUGUAUGGUGUUCAUCUUUUAAUCGUUUUCUAGGAAGGUUGUGUAUGAAAAUGGACCUGUUUGGAUGCCAUACUAUAUUGAAGAUCAUCUGGAAGGUUGCAGCCUUUCAUAUAUGUAAACUUAUGAAAGGUAUUUUUUUUUCCUUCUUUUUGGUUACCAUUUAAUUUCCCUACUUUUCUGACACCCAAUCCCCUCCAAAACGAGCAUAUUCAACAAUGGCUUUGGCCAGCAUUGUGACCUUAUGUACGAAAGGAGGAUGACCAGAUCCAGUGCCUCUAUUUAACUCUUGUGAGAGUUUGAUGUCGCCCUUGAAUACUUGCCAUGUGAAGGUAUGGGAACCAUGCUGCCAAUUCAGUGAAUUGCACAGGAAACAAGGUAGUCAUGCCCAACUGUCAGCUUUGUCUAUCAUUAUGACCAUAGUAUUUUUAAAAAUGGCACGGAAUAAAAAAGCUUGAGAAACAUUUUGUGGAAUGCAAAUAGAUAAUUAUUAAUAAUUAUUUUGUCAUUUAUUGUUACAAGGACUCGUUACGUGCUCACAAGUUAGUAUCAGCUUAAAGAUGAAUGUUAUAUUGAAGAAUAUAUAAUGACACAUGUUGGCAUGAUUAGAAAAAUUAUAAUCUUUGGAAUGUGCCUGAUUAUACUGAUCUGAAGUGAAUCAUCAUAUUCUUAGAAUUUGCAAACAGCAACAUUUAUUUACCUUUUAUAAUCACUGAAAUAAAAAUGCAGCAACAUUACUCCCACAGAAAGAAAUGGAACUGGCUUUUUAGUGACAGAAAUUAGCAAUCAGAAUCAGCGAGAAACUCUGUUGAACUCAUUGGCAUGUUGGCCAGGAAUUGACAUCAGUUUGUGUUUCUUGUGCCAUAAGGUUAAAAACAGGAUUAUUUGUUCCUCCUCUUCACUGCACUAAUGCCUCAUGGGAAAGGGAAUACUCUUCUGUAUCAGUUACUUGAAGUAUCGAGUGGUUUUCCACCUCUUAAUUGAGAAAUAGAAGGCAACGCUGAAGAUGUAUGGGUGCCUACACAAAGUGAUUUGUAAAGAAUGACUGAAUGGAUGGUCAAUUGAAAUAAAUAUCUUAAGGAUUCUGAA